CACCCGCAUUGCAACACAGAACCGGAGUACUCGCGCGCAGCCCCCGGGACUCCUCACAGGCUGUGUGUCGCUGGCACGGGGUUUAUUCUGCGGAUACGGAUACCUGUGGAUGUCUUCCCAUUAUUCAAAUCUAUUCUCCUUUAAAUACCAGGCUAUACCCACAGACAGGUGUGUGUUUGUGUAAUCGUUUAGCGGUGAAGUUAAGCAGUUAAUAGCAGACCCGAUGUUUGACAGCAGCAAGCAGCAGCAACAUGGAAUUAUUGAUCCAGAAUUCCGAAUCGUGAGUCAAUUUCCUCGACGUCGCUGGUGAUGAAGAUCUGAAGUUUGCUUCUAUGCGGUGCAUCGCUCCUUUCGUCUCUGUACACAUUGAGUCUAUUUAUUUCAUUUUAUUCCUGUGAAGAAUGGCAUUUAAUAGCAGACCCGAUUAAGAAAACGGAGCAGAAGCUUGCUGAUAAGAAACCACCACACCAACACGGGAGAGCAAGAAAUAUGUAUGGCAGAUAUACCCAGGAGCUGGGGGUAUACGCCAAAGAAGAAGCAGCACGCUUGCGGGAGGAGACCAGUUUCAGGAGGACAGCGCUCAGCCGGUCUGCGGAGCUGCUGGAGUACGACAAGAGCCGCUGCGCCAGGUGUCGAAUCUGCACGGUGAAAUGCCAGAAGUUCCUGAUCUCCAGGGUGGGGGAGGACUGGAUCUUCCUGAUCCUGCUCGGGCUUCUGAUGGCGCUGGUGAGCUGGGCCAUGGACUACGCCAUCGCUGUCUGUUUGCAAGCACAGAAAUGGAUGUACGGUGGGCUGGACAGCAACGUCUUCCUGCAGUACCUGGCCUGGGUCACCUUUCCCGUGGUCCUCAUCACCUUCUCCGCGGGAUUCACGCAGAUUCUCGCUCCCCAGGCAGUCGGCUCUGGGAUUCCCGAGAUGAAGACAAUCCUGCGCGGGGUGGUCCUCAAAGAAUACCUCACUUUCAAAACCUUCGUGGCCAAGGUGAUCGGCCUGACCUGCGCCCUGGGGAGUGGUAUGCCCCUUGGGAAAGAGGGUCCGUUCGUGCACAUAGCCAGCCUGUGUGCGGCACUGCUCAGCAAGUUCAUGUCACUGUUUGGUGGAAUUUAUGAGAACGAGUCUCAAAACAUCGAGAUGCUGGCAGCGGCCUGCGCUGUGGGGGUCGGCUGCUGCUUCGCUGCACCCAUCGGUGGCGUCCUCUUCAGCAUUGAAGUAACCUCCACGUUCUUCGCUGUCAGAAACUACUGGCGAGGCUUCUUCGCAGCCACCUUCAGUGCCUUCAUCUUCCGAGUGCUGGCUGUCUGGAACAAAGACGAGGAGACCAUCACUGCGCUGUUUAAGACUCGGUUCCGCCUGGACUUUCCCUUCGACCUCCAGGAGCUGCCUGCCUUUGCUGUCAUUGGGAUUGCCAGUGGGUUCGGAGGAGCUCUCUUCGUUUAUCUGAACAGGAAAAUCGUUCAGUUCAUGAGGAAACAGAAAACCAUCAACAAGUUCUUAAUGAAGAAGCGCCUGCUGUUCCCUGCUCUGGUAACCCUCCUCAUCACCACUCUCACCUUCCCCCCAGGGUUCGGACAGUUCAUGGCAGGACAGCUCACUCAAAAGGAGACUCUGGUCACCCUCUUUGAUAACCACACCUGGGCCAAGCAGGGCAUCUCAGAGGAGUUUGUGCAGCUCACCACCUCGGGGGCGUGGAAGCACCCUCACGCCAAUGUCUUCGUCACCCUCGUCGUCUUCAUCCUCAUGAAGUUCUGGAUGUCUGCCCUGGCUACCACCAUCCCCGUCCCCUGUGGAGCCUUCAUGCCAGUCUUUGUGAUAGGGGCUGCGUUCGGCCGGCUGGUUGGGGAGAGCAUGGCGGCCUGGUUUCCGGACGGCAUUCACGCAGACGGGAACGUUUACCGCAUUGUGCCCGGUGGCUACGCCGUGGUGGGAGCGGCAGCGCUGGCUGGAGCAGUGACCCACACCGUGUCAACAGCGGUCAUCGUGUUCGAGCUGACCGGCCAGAUCUCUCACAUCCUCCCUGUGAUGAUUGCGGUGAUCAUGGCCAAUGCCGUGGCCCAGAGCCUGCAGCCCUCGCUGUACGACAGUAUCAUCCGCAUCAAGAAGCUUCCCUACCUGCCCGAGCUGGGCUGGGGCCACCAUGAGAAGUACAAUAUCCGCGUGGAGGACAUCAUGGUGCGUGAGGUGCACUAUGUCACCCUGAACUGCUGCUACCGGGACCUGCACGACGUGCUGCAGAUAGGCAACCUCAAGACCCUGGCGCUGGUGGAGUCUGCAGAAUCGAUGAUCCUCCUGGGCUCCAUCGAGCGCUCGCAGCUCCAGGCUCUGCUCACCCAGCAGCUGGGGCAGCACAACCGCCUGGCAUACCUGCAGGAGAGGGCACAGGCUGCCAAGAAGCGCCUCUCCAACCACAGCCAGGGCCAGGGUGGCAACGAGCCAGGCAGCCAGCGUGCCAGCCAGGAGGUGCGCUUCCAGAUCUCCACGGAUACGUCCACAUUCAGCCCCUCGAACGCAGGACUGCAGAAGCCCCUGAAGCCAGCACUGAAACGAGCCUCCUGCCCCACAGUGGAGACCCCCACUGGGCCUGAGGACAACACUGCCAUCGCCUUAAAAAACCUGUUCUGUGUCAACCCAGUGAGCGAGCCCGCCAAGAACAAUGAGCUGUCAGGUGCCCCUGACAACAGAAAGCCCAAACGAGUGACGAUAUCUAUCGUGGACGAGUUUGACGUGGAAGAUGACAUGACGGUAUUGGAGGUCAUCGAGUGGGAGGAGAGACAGCUGGAAGAGCAGGUCAACUUCAACAACUGCAAGAUCGACCCGGCGCCGUUCCAGCUGGUGGAGAGGACAUCCCUUCACAAGACCCACACUAUCUUCUCUCUGCUGGGCUUGGACCACGCCUAUGUCACCAGCAUCGGCAGACUGAUCGGGGUGGUGUCGCUCAAGGAGCUGAGGAAGGCGAUUGAAGGCUCGGUGACGGUGAAAGGUGUGAAAGUGCGCCCCCCGCUGGCCAGUUUCCGGGACAGCGGCACCACCAGCAGCAGCGAGACGGAGACCACGGAGAUCCACAAGCUGUGGGACCGGCACAAGAGGAUAUCUCUGCCACGCGAGUCCAGUCCUUCGGAGACCGACGACAAAUCCCAGUGACAGGAGAGCGUGCGAGCGCCGUGGCCCAGGCAGACACUCUGCCGCCUGGGACCCCAGAACCUACUCCACUGAAUCCACUUUACUGCACUGCAGGGGUCCCCCAGCCUGUACACGUAGGAACCCUAGAGGGAUGAUGACUGUGUGUGCGGAUAGCAGCAGAAAAUGGGACUUUAUAUUGUACAUGUUGAACGUCUUGCAAGCUUGUUUGUCUGGGCUACCCCUGUCAAUGAGGCAUAUAUGUGAAGGUUGUAGUCCAGGUUGAACGAGCUGCACGGACUCCCACUACGUAGAGCUUGGUAAUGUAAAGAGAUUUCAGCAGGCGUAUGUGUAAUUGAGUGUAAGGAAAUAACCCCUGCACUUUAUUCAAAUGGGUAGCUUCGGGUACAGAGCAUAUCAUAAUCUUAAAUAGGGACAAGUUCUAUGCAACGGGAGUCUUAUUGCCAUUCUGUAUGUACCUGUAUGUCUGUACAGUACACCCACACACUAUGGGUCAAGAAAUGAGAAAUCUUUUAAUCGAUUAAGUCCUAAAUGAUAUACAAUUGUGAAAUGAAUUUAAAAGUGUUUAAUGAAAGAGAUGACUUUAUUAUAUUUUAUUUAGCUCUGACAGAUUCAAUCAAUCUGUUUUAACAAAAACAUGUAAGUGAUGUGAUAAAUCAAUUAAUCUUUAAUCAUAAAUUAUUAUCAUUUUUAUUUCUGCAUUAUUAUUUAAAACUCAGAACUAUUGGUUAGGUUUAUGGAUGUAAAUUACUGGAAGCAAUCUCUAAACUAGUGGCCAGUAGUGUGUGUGUGUGUGUGUGAAUAUGUAUAUACUGUAUAUGUGUCUGUGUAUCACAUACUUGAUUAUUGCAUCUCUCUGGGAAGAUUGUGCAUAAUCAAAUGAAGAGAAAUGCACCAUUGUGGUCCUGAUAACGGUAUAUGUCUGUUUGUUUGAUAAAUAUUCAGGAAUCCUGGCUAUGCACUUACCAUGCCUCUCCUCCAGGGGGGUUGCAAGCAGGCUGGGUUAGCAAGCUGCAGUACUGACAGCAUUCACAGACCGCAGGACAGUGAGCAUUGCUGAGCAUCACCAGGGGAAGCAGAUAACUGCAGGUAACUGCUGGUAUGUGCUUUCCACGGUGCCUUGGUGCUAUACGCUGUGAAUUCAACUGACAGAGCAGCUUGCUGAACUGCACAACCCUGUAUGUGACAGAAACAGGGAUACUGAUGUGUCUGCUAUUUAAUAUAGGCUGCUUGAAAUGUACAUUAUCCAGUAACUAAACACACACUGGUACAGCAGGGCAGAAACAGACAAGCUCUGUUCAGGAGUUCGAGGCUCCUCCGAUAGAUACUUUAAAUACUCGAGACCUUUUCACAGCCCUUUGCUUUUUAUGUGCAAUCCAUUUUUUGUUUACAUUUGUAUGCAUGCUAGUCUUUACUUGCAAACACAGGACAUGCAGGGAAUUGAAUGAGCAUACCUGUCAUACAUUCUCAUAUAUAGUCUUCCAUUAGUCAGAGGGUCUGUGUGAAGCAGCCAUAACAGUGCAGAACAAGGAGAAGAGAUUCUGAAUAUAUUCUGCUUUACGGUCUACAGGCCUCUUCACACACUGACGCUGCUGCUAUUGAAAAUAGACGUUUACAGAGCAAUCAAUCUGACAGGUGGAGGACCACUGAAUGGGCAUCUACACACAAACCAUACCCUACCACAAACACUGAACUGAAUCCUAAGCUUAAGGUUCCUAUCCGAUUGCCAUGGGUGCGUGAAUGCAUGUGUCCUAAAGUACUGACUGCUAUGUGAAAUUCAUUUUUGUAAUGUCACUUUAUGUUCUUUGAGCAGACUAGCCCUGCUGUGUGACUGGCAUAUAGGGCGUGCCAGUGCACAAGGCCUGUGUUCCUAAGUAGCGGGCUCCCACUUUUUCAUUUUGCUGUGCUACACUCCAGUCUUCCUCCAUUUCAUUCCAGAAACCCUCGGAUUAGUCCUGACUACUUCGGUGCUGUAAGCGACCACCACGUCAGCAUCCAUGUUACAGAACCAGCACCCCUGUGCUGGAAGCGUCUGGGAAUGUCCCUUAUUAAACUGGCGUGAGGAAAUCAAAGUUGUUUCAGUCGGGGCUCAGGCACCACGUUAUUAAAGAUGGUGGCCUGGCACCAGAGACCCAGCUUGCCCUCUCACACCCCCACCCAUGCAUGACAGCGGGCCCUCUAGAAUCCUAGUUACUGAGAAUGCAUGCUGUUCGGGCUGUUUUCUGUAGACUGUUUUGCUGUUCAAAUCCACCAUGUUUUUGGGGGUGGGGGGGGAGAACAUUACAUCUUUAUUAUGAUUAUCAUUGUUGUUAGUUAGUUUGUUUGCUUGAUUGUUUUUAUUAAUUAUUCAUUAUUUAUAAUCGUUCGCUAUUAACUGCCUAUUCUUUAACCUGUUGUUUUCGACAACGCUGUACUGUGAAGUGCAGCAAAAGAACACUAAAGGAAGGUUUACAAUUUUUUAUAUAUUAAACAUUAUCACUGUAAUUAAUGUGAAUUACAUUUAUACUGCAAUGUUUAACAUCAGGACAAUAUAUAUAUGUGUGUGUGUGUGUGUGUGUGUGUAUUUUACUGUUUUAAGAAAAGCAAAAUGAAUAAAAUUAAUUCAGAAAUUUGUCUGCAAGGAUCCAAAACUUCUGUCUCCCUUUAAAAAUCCCCACCAGGAAACUGUAAAGCAAUGUAGUUCAUGUGAAUGCUACGUUGUGAACAGCGAUCACCAGGCUCUGAUAUGCAAGUGCAAGCAGUUUGGAUUGUUGCACACAUCCUCUGGUACAGAAUGUCAUUUCCUUUUUGUCCUCUUUGUUAUCUUGCUGUUUAACUGGAACUGAUCACAGGGGUAGAAACUGCAGGAGCAGGUUUUUAAUGAUUACAGCUCAGAUAGUGCUGAGGAUUGUUCUUCUUUGAAAUCCUUUGAAAUAAUAGAUGUGUGCAAUAACUCCUCCUCAUUUCAUUUUGUAACAAGAUUUACUCUACUACUUGACACGAAUGCAAAAUAACCUUAUUUUUGUAGAAAUAAAAAGAAAAAAGUUGAAAUGAUUGUCUAGUAACACUAGAGGUAACACUCUGUUCGUGCUUCAUGGCUGUGCUGCCUUGCACCUUAAUCAUUGAAUGUAUUAGUCCGAUCUUGCUGUCAUGUUUUUGAUGCUUAACCAAUGCCAAUAUCUGUAUAUAUAUGAAAACAUCUUGAGAAAUGCAGAUUAACACAUUUACAGUGAUAUUUUUCAGAACAAAGAAGAAAUGUUUUGUAUAUCGGAGAGAAAUAAUAAACAUUUUAACACAUUGAAA